AUUCCAUUCUGGGGCACAUAUCCUGUCUCUAAUUCCGACUGUGGGCUCCUCGACGCCAAGGCACUCCAACUGUUGCAAGCCCGUACUCUGGAGUGCACACCAGGACUUCUGAUCUGGAUCCAGGUCUAGAUCCCUCUGCUCAGCCUGGGUCCAUACGGCGAACACAGAGUCUGAGAGACUGAGCGCUAACGCGGAGAUAACUACGCUUGGAAGGGAUAGCCAGACCGACCAAUGGCAUCAGGGAAGCUGGCCCAGGUGCUGCUGGGAUGGGCGGCGAUGUGUCUUGGGGCGUUCCACGUGUGUUGUGAUGAAACCGGGAAUGGACCGUACCAAGCCAGCCGCUUCACCGGCACCGUGGACCAGAGAGAGGUGCAGCGGGUUCGACGCCGUGGCCAGGAGACGCUGAGAGGACCCAAUGUGUGCGGCUCUCGCUUCCACUCAUACUGCUGUCCAGGCUGGAAGACUCUGCCGGGAGGGAACCAGUGUAUUGUUCCAAUUUGCAGGAAUUCCUGUGGCGAUGGCUUCUGCUCCAGACCCAACAUGUGUACCUGCUCAAAUGGCCAGCUCUCCUCCAGCUGUGGCGCAGGAGGAGGAGUUCAGUCCUGUAACGUCAGGUGCAUGAAUGGAGGCAGCUGUGCAGAGGACUCGUGCUCCUGCACAAAGGGCUACACGGGAAACCACUGCGGACAGCCCGUGUGUGAGAACGGCUGCCAGAACGGCGGGCGCUGCAUCGGGCCCAACAGAUGUGCCUGCGUCUACGGUUUCACUGGCCCGCAGUGCGAGAGAGACUACAGGACGGGGCCAUGCUUCACCCAGGUGAACAACCAGAUGUGCCAGGGCCAGCUCAGUGGAAUCGUCUGCACCAAAACCCUCUGCUGCGCUACCAUUGGUCGAGCGUGGGGCCACCCCUGUGAGCAGUGCCCCGCCCAGCCACACCCCUGCAGGCGCGGCUUCAUCCCCAACAUCCGCACCGGAGCGUGCCAAGAUGUGGACGAGUGCCAGGCUGUGCCAAAUCUUUGUGCCGGAGGAACCUGCAUCAACACUGUUGGCUCCUACGAGUGUAAAUGUCCCGCCGGCCACCGGCAGAGUGAAACCAGCCACAAAUGUGAAGACAUCGAUGAAUGCAGCACCAUCCCCGGUGUGUGUGAUGGAGGCGAAUGCACCAACACCGCUGGUAGCUACGUCUGCACCUGUCCGCGAGGCUACGUCUCCAGCACAGAUGGCUCCAGAUGUGUGGAUCAGCGUGUGGGCACCUGCUUCUCCGCUCUGGCUAACGGCCGCUGUGCUGCGGAGCUGGGCGGUCAGUACACCAAGAUGCAGUGUUGCUGUGACACCGGACGCUGCUGGGCUUUGGGACAGAUCCCUGAGAUGUGCCCGGUCAGGGGAUCUGACGAGUUCAGGCGUCUGUGUAUUGUAGGUGUUGCCCAAGGACACGGCUUCCCUCAUGGCUACCCCAACGGACACUUCCCCAACGGCAACGGAAACGGCAACGGCAAUGGCAACGGCAACGGGUUCAACUACGGAUACAAGUUCCCCAGUGUGCCUAACGGUAAUGGUAACGGAGGCAUCGGGGGCAAUGGCGGCGGAGUCUUUGGAGGUAACGGAGGAGGACACCAACAUAUCGGCUCGGUGUCUGUGAACGACUCCAUCGACGUGUGCAAACAUUUCACCAACCUGUGUCUGAAUGGACGCUGCAUUCCCACGCCCACGAGCUACCGCUGCGAGUGCAACAUGGGCUACAGGCAGGAUGUUCGAGGGGAAUGCAUCGAUGUGGACGAGUGUGUGAGUAACCCAUGUAUCAACGGAGACUGUGUCAACACACCUGGAGGGUACCACUGCAAGUGCCAUGAGGGCUACCAGGGAACCCCGACCAAACAAGCCUGCAUCGAUAUUGAUGAGUGCAUUGUGAAUGGGGUGAUGUGUCGCAACGGCCGCUGUGUCAACACAGAGGGAAGCUUCCAGUGCAUCUGCAACGCCGGCUUUGAGCUCACGCCUGACGGGAAGAACUGCGUCGAUCACGACGAGUGCGCCAUCACCAACAUGUGUCUCAACGGCAUGUGCAUCAAUGAAGACGGCAGCUUCAAGUGUAUCUGCAAGCCGGGCUUCGCUUUAGCACCUAACGGGCGAUACUGCACCGACAUCGACGAGUGUCAGACUCCUGGUAUCUGUAUGAAUGGCCGCUGCAUCAACUCCGAGGGCUCCUUCCGCUGCGAGUGCCCUCCAGGCCUGGCCAUCGAUGUGGAUGGGAGAGUGUGUGUGGACACGCACAUGAGGACCACCUGCUAUGGCGCCAUAAAGAUGGGCACGUGCUCGCGGCCGUUCCCCGGCGCGGUGACCAAGUCCGAGUGCUGCUGUGCCAACGCUGAACACGGCUUUGGAGAGCCUUGCCAACCCUGCCCCUCCAGGAACUCAGCUGAGUUCCAGGCUGUGUGCAACAGUGGUAUCGGUAUAACAGCUGAUGGCAGAGACAUCAAUGAGUGUGCCCUGGACCCGGACAUUUGUCAGAACGGCAUCUGUGAGAACCUGAGAGGAAGCUACCGCUGCAUCUGUAACAUCGGCUACGAGUCCGACACCAGUGGAAAGAACUGUAUUGACAUCAACGAGUGUAUGGUGAACCGUCUGCUUUGUGACAACGGUCUGUGCAGAAACACUCCCGGCUCCUACACCUGCUCCUGUCCCAAAGGGUUUGUCUUUAAGCCCGACUCAGAGACCUGCGAAGAUAUCAACGAAUGUGAUCCCAACCCGUGCAUCAAUGGAGCGUGUCGCAACGUGGCCGGGUCGUUCAACUGCGAGUGCAACCACGGCAGCAAGCUGGACUCCACUAACACCAUCUGCGUGGACAGUAUGAAGAGUACGUGCUGGCUGACGAUACAAGACACCCGCUGCGAGGUGAACAUCAACGGAGCCACGCUGAAGUCUGAGUGCUGCUCCACGCUGGGAGCCGCCUGGGGCAGCCCCUGUGACCCCUGCAAGAAAGACGCCGCCUGCUCCCGUGGGUUUGCUCGUAUGAAGGGCCUCGUCUGUGAAGACAUUAACGAGUGUGAGGUGUUCCCGGGAGUGUGCACAAACGGCCGAUGUGUGAACACGCAGGGCUCGUUCCGCUGCGACUGCGCCGAGGGUCUCACCUCGGACAGUACUGGACGCACCUGUGUGGAUACACGUAGCGAGCAGUGCUACAUGAAGUGGCACGAGGACGAGUGUGGCGAGCCACUGCCAGGGAGAUACCGCGUGGACAUGUGCUGCUGCUCGGUGGGCGCCGCCUGGGGCAUCGACUGCGAGGAGUGUCCCAAACAAGCCACGCCGGAGUACAGCGCCAUCUGUCCCCGGGGGACCGGCUUCGCCAACAGAGGAGAGAUUCUGUCCGGCAGGCCGUUCUACAAAGAUGUGAAUGAGUGUAAAGUGUUCCAGGGUCUGUGCACUCACGGAACUUGCCGGAACACCAUCGGCAGUUUCAAGUGUCGCUGCAACAACGGCUUCGCACUGAACGCAGAAGAGAGGAACUGCACAGACAUUGACGAGUGCCGCAUCUCCCCCGACCUGUGCGGACACGGCGCCUGUGUUAACACGCCCGGCAGCUUUGAAUGCGAAUGCUUCGAGGGCUAUGAGAGCGGCUUCAUGAUGAUGAAGAACUGCAUGGACAUUGACGAGUGCGAGAGGAACCCCCUGCUGUGUCGGGGGGGAGCCUGCCUCAACACAGAAGGCAGUUAUGAGUGUGAAUGUCCCCCGGGACACUCGCUCAGCAACGAUGGAUCUGCCUGUGAAGAUGUGAAUGAGUGCCAGCUGAGUGACAACUUGUGCAAACACGGCCAGUGUGUGAACAUGGCGGGAACCUACCAGUGUUCCUGUGACACCGGCUACCAGGGCACGCCCGACCGGCAGGGCUGCGUCGAUAUCGAUGAAUGCACCAUCAUGAACGGCGGCUGUGAAACACACUGCACCAACUCGGAUGGCAGCUAUGAGUGCAGCUGCAGCGAGGGCUACGCUCUGAUGCCGGACCUCCGCACCUGCGCAGACAUCGAUGAGUGUGAGGAGAGUCCAGACAUCUGUGACGGAGGCCAGUGCACCAACAUCCCCGGGGAAUACCGCUGCCUGUGCUACGACGGCUUCAUGGCCUCGAUGGACAUGAGGACGUGUAUCGAUGUGAACGAGUGUGACUUGAACCCAAACAUCUGUCUCCACGGCGAUUGCGAGAACACCAAAGGCUCCUUCAUCUGCCACUGUCAGCUGGGAUACUUUGUCAAGAAGGGAUCCACGGGCUGCACAGAUGUCGAUGAGUGUGAGAUCGGGGCUCAUAACUGCGACAUGCACGCCGCCUGCAUCAACGUGCCUGGAAGCUUCAAAUGUCGCUGUCGAGACGGCUGGCUGGGAGACGGCAUCAAGUGUGUGGAUCAGGACGAGUGCUCUGCAGAGGACCACAACUGCAACCCCAAUGCAGAAUGUGUCAACACACCCGGGUCCUACAGGUGCACGUGCAAGGAGGGCUUCAAUGGAGACGGGUUCUUCUGCUCUGACAUGGACGAGUGUGCAGACAACGUGAACCUGUGUGAGAACGGCCAGUGUCUGAACGCUCCAGGAGGUUACCGCUGCGAGUGCGAGAUGGGCUUCACUCCCACAGAAGACAGCAAGGCGUGCCAAGACAUCGAUGAGUGUAAUUUCCAGAACAUCUGUGUGUUUGGAACGUGCCAGAACCUUCCGGGAAUGUUCCGCUGUGUGUGUGAUGAUGGUUACGAGCUGGACCGCAGCGGAGGAAACUGCACGGACAUCAACGAGUGUGCCGACCCUGUGAACUGCAUAAACGGCCUGUGUGUGAACACUCCGGGGAACUACUUGUGUAACUGCCCGGCGGACUUCGAGCUCAACCCCACCGGCGUGGGCUGCGUAGACACCCGCGUUGGCAACUGCUUCCUGGACAUCCUCGCUCGUGGCGACGGAGGAAUCUCCUGCAGUGCGGAGAUCGGCGUGGGCGUGACCCGAGCUUCCUGCUGCUGCUCCCUGGGAGGAGCCUGGGGAAACCCCUGCGAACUUUGCCCCGCACUCAACUCCACGGAGUAUAAGACUCUUUGUCCGGGAGGAGAAGGCUUCAGACCAAACCCUAUCACUGUCAUCCUGGAAGAUAUCGAUGAGUGCCAGGAGCUGCCGGGUCUCUGUCAGGGUGGGAACUGUGUGAACACCUUUGGUAGUUUCCAGUGUGAGUGUCCAGCCGGCUACUACCUGAACGAGGAGACUCGUAUCUGUGAAGACAUCGAUGAGUGCACGGCCCACAUCGGGAUCUGUGGACCUGGUACCUGCUACAACACUCUGGGCAACUACACAUGCGUGUGUCCGCCCGAGUACAUGCAGGUCAACGGAGGAAACAACUGCAUGGACAUGAGGAAGAGCGUGUGUUACCGAAACUUCAACGACACGUGCGAGAACGAGCUGUCCUUCAACAUGACCAAGAAGAUGUGCUGCUGUGCCUACAACGUGGGGAAGGCCUGGAACAAGCCCUGCGAGUCGUGUCCGACGCCCGCCACCACUGAGUACCAGUUACUGUGUGGUAACCAGGCUCCGGGCUUCAUCAUUGACAUCCACACCGGCAAACCAAUCGAUAUCGACGAGUGCAGGGAGAUCCCCGGCAUCUGUGCCAACGGAGUGUGCAUCAACCAGAUCGGGAGCUUCCGCUGCGAAUGUCCGAUGGGCUUCAGCUACAACAACAUCCUGCUCAUCUGUGAAGAUAUUGAUGAGUGUAACAGCGGGGACAACCUGUGCCAACGCAACGCCAACUGUAUCAACAUUCCAGGCAGCUACCGCUGCGAGUGCUCGCCGGGCUUCAAACUGUCCCCCAGCGGGGCCUGUGUGGACCGUAAUGAGUGCCUGGAGAUCCCUAAUGUGUGCAGCCAUGGAGAGUGUAUCGACACGCAGGGAAGCUAUCGUUGCGUCUGCCACAACGGCUUCAAGGCUAAUGCCGACAAGACCAUGUGCAUGGACAUCGAUGAGUGUGACAGACAGCCGUGUGGUAACGGCACCUGUAAGAACACGGUGGGAUCCUACAACUGCCUCUGCUUCCCCGGCUUCGAGCUCACGCACAACAACGACUGCAUGGACGUAGACGAGUGCAGCGCCCUGCAGGGACAGGUGUGCAGGAACGGACAGUGUAUUAAUGGACUCGGCUCCUUCCAGUGUCUCUGCCACGAGGGUUAUGAGAAUACUCCGGACGGGAAGAACUGUGUCGACAUCGAUGAGUGUGUGAGCCUGUUUGGCACUUGCUCUCCGGGAUCUUGUCAGAAUCUGGACGGAUCUUUCAGAUGUAUCUGCCCUCCUGGCUAUGAGGUGCAGAACGACCAGUGUAUAGAUAUCAACGAGUGUGAGGUGGAGCCCAACAUCUGCCAGUAUGGCACCUGCACCAACACCCCCGGCAGCUUCCAGUGCACCUGCCAGACAGGCUUCGUACUAUCUGACAACAAACGGCGCUGCUACGACACCAGAGAGAGUUUCUGUUUCACCAAAUUCGAGGCAGGAAAAUGCUCCGUCCCCAAAGCUUUGAACAACACCAAGACUAAGUGCUGCUGCAGCAACAUGCCCGGGGAGGGCUGGGGACUUCCCUGUGAGCUGUGCCCACACAAGAGCGAGGCCGCUUUUAAAAGUCUGUGUCCCUUCGGCCACGGAGCCCAGCCGGGACUGGAUGGUCGUGAAGAUAUGAACGAGUGUCUGGAUAACCCAGGCAUCUGCCAGAACGGUAUCUGCAUCAACACCGACGGUUCGUUCCGCUGUGAAUGCCCCUUCGGAUACAACCUGGAUUACACCGGAGUCAACUGUAUCGACACUGACGAGUGCUCCAUAGGAAACCCAUGUGGAAAUGGAACCUGCACCAAUGUGGUGGGAGGUUUCGAGUGUUUGUGCCAGGAAGGCUUCGAACCCGGACCCAUGAUGACCUGCGAAGACAUCAACGAGUGCUCCCAGAAUCCUCUGCUGUGUGCCUUCCGGUGCGUUAACACCUUUGGUUCCUAUGAGUGUAUGUGUCCCGCUGGCUACGUGCUGCGAGAUGACCUACGCAUGUGCAGAGACCAUGACGAGUGCUCUGAGGGUCUGGAUGACUGUGACUCGAAGGGUAUGACCUGUAAGAACCUGAUCGGUACCUUCAUGUGCAUCUGCCCUCCUGGCAUGCAGCGCCGACCCGAUGGAGAGGGGUGUAUGGACCUGAACGAGUGCCGCGCCAAACCCGGCAUCUGUAACAACGGACGCUGUGUUAACACCAUCGGAAGCUACCGCUGCGACUGCAACGACGGCUUCGAGUCGAGCUCCACUGGAACUGAGUGUAUCGACAACCGAAAGGGCUACUGUUACACUGAGGUUCUGCAGACGAUGUGCCAGCAGUCCUCCACCAACAGGAACAGUGUGACCAAGUCUGAGUGCUGCUGCAACACGGGCCGGGGCUGGGGGUCCCAGUGUGAGCUCUGCCCGCUGCCCGGCACCGUCCAGUACAAGAAGAUGUGUCCGCUCGGACCGGGCUACACCACCGACGGCAGAGACAUCAACGAGUGCCAGGUGAUGCCCGAUAUGUGCCAUAACGGUCAGUGCAUCAACACCAUCGGGUCCUUCCGCUGUCACUGUAACGUGGGCUACAAAACCGACUACACCGCCACCUCCUGUAUUGAUAUGGAUGAGUGCGCUCUGUCUCCGAAGCCGUGCAACUUCCUGUGUAAAAACACAGAGGGCAGCUACCUGUGCUCCUGCCCCCGAGGAUACAGCCUGCAGCCGGACGGAAAGACUUGCAAAGAUCUGGAUGAAUGUUCGACCAAGCAGCACAACUGCCAGUUCCUCUGCGUCAACACUAUCGGAGGCUUCACCUGCAAGUGUCCUCCCGGCUUCACGCAGCACCAGACGGCCUGCAUCGACAACAACGAGUGCUCUGCUCAGAACAGCGGCUGUGGAAACCGGGCCGCUUGUGUCAACACGCCCGGCAGCUUCAACUGUGAAUGCUCCAAAGGUUUCUCCCUGGACACCACGGGCGUGGAGUGUGAGGACGUGGACGAGUGUGGCAGUAACCACCGCUGUCAGCACGGCUGUCAGAACAUGAUGGGAGGCUUCCGCUGCGGCUGCCCUCAGGGCUACGUGCAGCACUACCAGUGGAACCAGUGCGUGGAUGAAAACGAGUGUCAGGCAGCGACAGUGUGCGGCUCGGCCUCCUGCUACAACACGCUGGGCAGUUUUAAGUGUGUGUGUCCCUCCGGCUUUGACUUUGAGCAAGGCGGUAGUGGCUGCCAAGAUGUGAACGAGUGCAGCACGAGCUCCAACCCCUGCAUCUACGGCUGCUCCAACACUGACGGAGGCUACCAGUGCGGCUGUCCUGGAGGUUUCUACAGAGCCGGACAGGGUCACUGCAUGUCAGGCUCAGGUUUCCCCGGACAGUUUGCUGAGGGUGAGGACGACGACAGUCUGUCUCCUGAGGCCUGCUACGAGUGUAAGAUCAACGGAGGAGGAAAGAACGCACGACACAAGCGCAAUGCUGAUGAAAAUGAGCUCCACCAGGAACCAGCAGUGAGUAUGGCCAGCAUAGACACGCAGGCGUCCAUCCCCAUGAACCUCUCUCUGUCCUCGCUGCUCAACAAGGAGCCUCUCCUGGAGCUUCUUCCCGCCCUGCAGCCCCUGGAGCACCACGUACGCUACGUCAUCACCCACGGCAACGGCAAUGAACACUUCCGCCUGCUGGAGCGACGCGACGGGAAGAGCGUGCUCCGGCUCGGCAAGAGGCCGCCUGCAGCGGGAUCCUACCGGCUGGAGAUCGCCAGCCUGCGGCUGUUUGGGCCCCGAAGACUACACCAGCUGGAGGAGCAGCACGACAGUGACUACCUACAAGGGGAGAUAGGAGACGCCCUGCGCAUCAAGCUCCUCGUCCACCUGCACUGAGCUCAGCGUGCGCUCGCAAUCCUGUCCUGGACUGAUUCCUAAAGCCUUCAACCUUUUUAUCCAACAACUCCCCCCCUGCAGGACCAUCCCCCUCCAGCAGGGGCCAUCAAGGGCUAUGAAAGACUGAGCCCAACUCUACCACCACUUUGUUACUGUUUAUGUUAUUAUAUGUUCAUGUUUUAGUUUUUUUUACCCUGACUACACUUCCUCUUACGCCCCCUCCACUUGUACCUGACCCAGCACUCACGCUCCACUGAGGGAGCCGGUGGAGGCGAGAGCAGAGAGGUGACGUGGUGCUUGGACCGUAGCCCGCUGAGAAAGACAAAAUGGCCGACAGAUGGUUCACAAGUCCAUGAAGCACUUUUGAUAACAAGCAAAACAAGAAAUUACACAGAAGUGCUGAGAGUGGCCAAAACUGUCGUAACGCAGCAUUAUUUAGAGUUGUGAAGAAGUGAUAUUACAGCUUGGUGUUGGGGGUCGGGGGGCGUCAUGGUGGUCCAAGGACUUUCUCACCUCUCUGUGAUCUUGGUGAAAACAAAUUACAACACUGGGGAACAAGGUUUGUUGCGUCCGCCCCUCUCAGUAUUUUAGUGUCAUUUAAUGUAUUUGUGCUGUUUGGAAAAUGUUAACACGAAGGACUGCAACAUUUACGCAGCAUUUCAGGUUCUUCAGUCCGUAGCGGUCUGUGUUUAUAGCUGGAUGACAACCAAUGUUCAGACGAGGAAAACAGCACGCUGCGUUCUACUCAGACUUUUGUCAAGCAGGGAUUAGCGUGUUUGCGUGUGUGUGCUGUCAUGUUUGGUUACCUCAGCGAGUAUGGACACCGUGCUGUGACUUUAAAACAUCCAUCGUGAGCAGGGAAUACAGCUCGUAGCUCGUAGACUUAAAAGAAGAUAGAUCCGGUCACGUUUGUAUUUGUCCUUGUAGGGAUUAAGAUUUCAGGAGCACUGAUUCUGGACUUUAGAGCCUUUGAGCUUUUUCAUUAAGUUUUCUUUUAAGACAAACUCCUAAACAUAAACGGUGUUCGGAGGCUGAACUGGACUAUAAGCUGACUUUAUCUGACUUCUUUUUCUGUACGGUGAGCUUCUGAGCCUCGUUUACAACUCAAAGAGAGACACAGCUGACUGAAGCCUCAAAGAUACAUGACAUGUUAACCUAAGCUGUAACUAAAGUCAGGUCAUCUUUCAUUCCUCAUGAUUUUUCUUUUCUCUCAAAGAGAAAAAAGGUGCUAGAUAAUGCCAUCUCGUACGCUGUACAAAGGAAGUGCGGUCUUGAAUCUAGAUUGCAAAAGAAUUCUUUUUAGGAUUUAUUGUUGUGUAUGUCUGUCUUUUGUAUUGUCUCAGUGCUGAAAAAACAAUAUUAUCAAACUUGCUUCUUGAAAAUUAAAUUGUAUAUUUUUAAGUGAAAUGGGUUUUUUUUUAUGUCAAGGCUGCCAAAACAAAUACUCAAAGUAAACUCACGAUCGGACGCGUUUUAUGUGCUGUUGACUUUUGUUUUGUUGGGAAAAAGAAGUAAAUACAGCGUUUGUAUUUGUUUCUAACUGACUGCAUCGUUUGAAACCACUGUCACCAGUCCAAUCAGCCUUCCGCUAAAUCAAAUGAAAGAUAAUUAACAUUCCCAUAUAUUAUCUCAUACAAGCUUACACUGUCUGUACGAUGCCAUACAGAUCUCCAGCGAGGAUCUAUGGUGCUAAAUCUUUCCCUCCUAACGAAGGUUGCUGCACUGUCCCACAGCCUGUAAUGUUUAUAAUACAUUUUUCUAACCUGGGAAUCUUUGUAUACUUUGUAUCUUUAUUGUCAAGUUUGUCAUUUGUUCUUUGUUUUAGAGAAAGGCAGUGUGUUGCUCCUCUGCUUCAGGGUCAAACUUGAAACUCUGUCACCAUCUGCUAGCAUUGAAAUGUUUUAUACUUUAGAAAAUAAGGAGCCUGUUGAGUCCAGCUGAAAGCUGAAAUGACAAUCAUCCAGUCGCACCACGUCUACGAGCUGGCGAUCAAUAAAUCAAUCAGCCAUCAUGGAACAUCUUUUAAUAAUCUGAAUGUGCAAAGACAAAAACCAAAGAUUUAUAACACCAAAUGGCAGUCUGUCAAAUUAGAGUGAUUCACAUAAUAUUGUAAACUUUUGUCCAGUGACAUUAACGGCAAUAAAGUAUUGUGGGUUAUAUUUUUAA